ACACUCUCGCACACGAGUGUGCUCACAAACUGAACCUUCAGUCCAUUUACUAACGUUCAAAACAUUCUUUUAAAUUUUGCUGAUUUUAUUUUCUAUUCGAUUUUUUUAUUGCGCGGUACCCAUACCAUAUUUAGUAUAAAACACUAAUACACCAGCCGUGAAACACGUCCAACAGCCGAAAUCGAAUAAUUUUAUUCUGUCCCGAACCACUGCAGACGAAAGAUCCAUUUUAAAAUUACGUUUACGUGGACAGUCGAAAGAAAAGUGAUCAGUUUUGUUGGAAUUUUUUCGUUUCAAAAUAAAAGCAUUUAAAUUGAAGAAAAUUGAAAGAUUUCAGUUAAAAACAUGCAUUCGAUCAGAAAAAUUUACGCCAAUCCGAAUCUUAUAAGAAAUUUUGGUGCGGUAAGAGGUGUUUGUGCUAUGAACAAUGCUGCCACCACUGCUGUCGAUGGGAAGAAAGCAUUGUGGUCCACAAAUAAGGAAAGUGGUCACAACUAUUCAACAAUCGCACCGAUUACAAAUUAUACCACAACCGAUUCGGUUCAAAAAGUAAACAAUGUAUUGAUGCGGUUUUACUCGAAAUCUACCAAAUCGACGAAACAUCAUCGAGAAUACAUUUCCGAUUCGGACUCUGACUCUGAUUCGGACGAUGAACGACCAAAAGGCAAGGGAAAAGGAAAACUUACCGGUGAAAGUGAAUUUUGGCGCCGUAAAAUGCGUACACUUCAUUCACUGCUCGAUGUGAAUAAAGAUGGAGUUAUAUCAUAUGAUGAUUUCCAAGUGCUGGCCGAAAAUUUCGUUGCACUGGGCCAUUUGAAACCAGAUGCCGAAGUAGAAUUCCGAGAAGUUCUCAAGACCAUUUGGGAGACACAAUUUGGAGAAAUAACACCAUACAAUUUGAUAAAUGCCGAACAAUACUUGACCGAAAUGCAUAAUGCUGUCAAUGACAAAUCACAACGUGAGAGAAUUCAUGCAUUUUUACCUUAUCUGUUCAAGGGUGUGGACAAAGAUCAUUCCGGCUUCAUUUCACUUACAGAGUACAAACUAUUCUUCAAAUGUUUGGGCCUGACACCAGAAGAUGCGGCUGUUUCCUUUGCUGUGAUAGACAAGAAUGGCGAUGGAAAGCUGUCAAUCAAAGAAUUCGUGAAAUUAGGUCGUGAAUACUUCUUAACCGAAGACGAAAAACGUGUAUCUCGCAUGUUUUGGGGGCCAUUAAUUAAUGAUCACUGACGACGAUGAUAAUAGCAACGAUAAUAUCGUUUAAACUUUUUGAUAUUUUUGGCUCGCAAUUCAUAAUAAUCAGUGAUAGAGUGUGUCAAUGUGAACGUUUAUCUACGCAAAGAAUUGAAAUUUUUUAUGAAGAUAUUAAAUUGAAAUGUAAAUUUAGGUUAGACAUUUGAAAUGUAAACUGAGCAUUAAGCAACUUAAGAUUUUUAUUGAGAUUCAUGUGGAUAUCCACGGAAACCAUUGUUUACAUCGGUUGGUUUGAAACAUGAAAAUAAAUUUGAAAAGUUGAAGUGGGCUUUCA